AGGUAAAGAGAGCUAAGAAGGCAAGGAUGAAAAGAUCCUUAACUGAUGCUGAAGAGAUACAGGAAGCUCAAGAAUCAAGUGAUGAAGAAUUGGUUAAGUUAAAGAUCAAGUCCAAAGCUUUUAGUGAUAGCAAUGCCAGCUGGCUAAAACUUGCCAAGAAGGAUGGGGAAGACAGCGAUGCCGAGGAUGAUUACAUGCCAGACGAUAACUUUAUCAGUGAUGAUUACAGCAUUAGCAGACAAAACAGUGACAACAGUAAUACUGACAAUGAUGAUGAUGACAAAGACGACAAAAGGGAUGAUGAUGAUGAUAAUGAUGAGGAGGAAGAUGAUGAUGAUGAUGAUGAGGAGGAGGAGGAGGAGGAGGAGAUGUUACCCAUUGAGAGAAAAGCUAAAAAGCUAGACAAGAAGAAAGCCAAAGACAAGGCUUUAGCUGAAGAAGAGCUAAAAACUAACAUUGCUGAAACUGAAGUGUUUGUGCUGCCAAGUGGACAGGAAAUAGAGAAAGAAACUAAUGAACAUACAGAUUUAGCUUUGAUUAAUCAAAGAAUCAGGGAUAAUAUACAAGCACUCAACAACUUUAAUACUGCACGCGAACCUGGCAGGUCACGCCAGGAAUAUGUGGAACUGCUUUUAAGUGACCUUUGUAAUUACUAUAGUUAUGGAAAAUUUCUGAUGGAGAAAUUUAUGGACCUUUUCCCAAUAAAUGAGUUGGUAGAAUUCCUUGAGGCAAAUGAAGUUCAGAGGCCUAUCACUAUUAGAACAAAUACAUUGAAGUCAAGGAGAAGAGAUCUUGCACAGGCCCUCAUAAACCGUGGGGUAAAUUUGGACCCAAUUGGUAAAUGGUCUAAAGUUGGACUUGUUGUCUAUGACUCUUCUGUACCAAUUGGAGCAACUCCGGAAUAUCUAGCAGGGCACUAUAUGUUGCAAGGGGCAUCAUCAAUGCUCCCAGUUAUGGCCUUGGCUCCUCAAGAGAAAGAAAGGAUAUUGGACAUGUGUGCAGCUCCUGGUGGCAAAGCUACUUACAUAGCUUCACUCCUAAAGAACACUGGACUGGUGGUUGCAAAUGAUGCUAAAAAGGAGAGAACAAAAGCUUUAGUAGCUAAUAUUCAUAGAUUAGGAAUAAGUAACACCUUGGUUUGUAAUUAUGAUGGUAGAGCAUUUCCAAAGGUAAUGGCAGGUUUUGACCGUGUUCUACUUGACGCUCCAUGCAGUGGAACAGGAGUCAUAUCGAAGGAUCAGUCUGUUAAAAUAAAUAAGACCGAGAAAGAUAUUCAGCGGUGUUCUCAUAUUCAAAAAGAACUCAUUCUGUCUGCUAUUGAUGCUACAGAUGCUAAGUCAUCAAGUGGUGGAUAUAUUGUUUACUCCACCUGUUCUGUUUUGGUGGAAGAAAAUGAGGCAGUUGUUGAUUAUGCUCUCAGCAAAAGACAUGUAAAACUGGUAUCCACUGGGUUGGACUUUGGCCAAGAAGGAUUUCCUAAGUUCAGGGGAAAACAUUUCCAUCCUUCCUUAAAAAUGAGCAGGAGAUUUUUUCCUCACAAUCACAACAUGGAUGGUUUUUAUGUUGCUAAGUUAAAAAAGUAUUCCAACAAGAUUUCUCCACAAGUGACUUCCUCUCAGGUUGCCGAAACAUCAGUCAAUACUACCAACAACAGUCCUUCUCUGGACUACACUUACCUGGAUGAUCAGACUUCAUUAUCACAUGAGAUACUUCCAGCAAAGAAGAGAAAGAGAAAGAUUAGCGAAAAUGAAUUGCCAAAUCAAUAAAAUCAAGGAAUUAAUCAGGAAACGAUACAAACUGCCACAGGAAACUCAGAAGAUAACUAGCAGUUUCAAGAUAAAGAAUGUUGCCCAGCAUAUUGGAGACACAAAUGUCACAAGAGAUGAAAAAUUCUGUUUACAUAUGGCUUUCAACUUAAAGAGGCACUGGAAGUGCAGUUUUCAAUAGACUUACUUUGAAUUCUCAUCUACAUAGCACCUUGUGCCACAUUCCCAGUAAGGACAAAUAAGUGCUUGUGUUCAAGUUGCAGUUUUUCAGACCCUUGUUUGACACAGCAUCUUUUAGCAAAGUCUUGCAAACUUAACAAUAAUUUACAGGUCAACUUUCUAAAGUCCUUUUCAAAUUUUAUUAACAAUUAUUUUAAAAAAAUAAAUACCAAAGCUAAUAUAAUACACGUCAGAAGCAUACAACCUCCACUGAAUGUCAUAUGCUGUGCUACAAAAUACAAAAAGCAUUUCUACCCAGGAAGCAUCACUGUCACAGUCAAUAGUGUUAGUCAAUAUGGUUAAAAACUCCUAUUGCACAUAAGGUAACCCAGAGCAUGUCAAGAACAGAUAGAGCCUUUAAUGCAUGUGGCUAAUGUCAUUCACAUAUUAAUUUAGUUCCUUCGACAAUGUAGAAAUAAAAUCUACCCAAAGUAAUCAAAGAGGGAGUGUGCUUUUGGGGAAAAUGUUCCAGCUAUAAAUGGAUUACUGUUGCUGGCAAAAGCCACCACUCAAACGUUUUGGUAGAACACAACAAAUAAUAGCUCAAAACAACAGAUACUGGUAUGUUUUUGUUUCUUUUUUUUUUUAUGACCUGUGACCUUACAGCAAUGCAGUCAUAUUGCCACAAUUCAAGGAUUCUUGACUGUCACGUAUCUGAUUGUUAGAGUAAUGUAGUUCUCUGUGAAUUACUUUGCAAUUCACAAACCAAAACAAAAAAAUAUGUCUCCUUGACAUUUCCUUGUUGUCACCUUUAGAUCAGACUUUAAGUAGCUACCUUUCUAAACUUACUCAAUAAUUUAUGGGUAUUGGUAAAAUUGUUCAUGGUGAAAAGUUGAGUGAGAGAAAAGAAAUAUUGGCAUAUGUGCUCAAUAAUUAACUGACUAGUUGAUUAAGUCAAAUGUUUGAUAAGUGAUAUUGCUAUUACAUAGGAUUUCCUGACACCCUAUACCAGGUUUGUAAAUCUUCCUUCAGUUGUAAAAUAUAAAGCCAAAUACCCCUCAUAAUCAUGUAAUUAUCAUGACUUUUUUCUAUAGCACACAAGCUCCAAAGGAAAGAAAAACUGAAAAGCAACCAAAGCUUAAAAAUUUCCACAUACAGCUACCUCCAUUUGACUACACAAAUGUAUUUAUUAUUUUUUGUUAGUAUCAAAUGCCAUGCCCUUUGUAUGGUAGUUUUUUAUUGUCUUGUCUUUAGAAGUUCAAAACAACAAACUUAAGUACAAACAUUUUUUGCUCCCCAGUAAAAAUCAAACAAAGUGUGAUUUACAGACCUUCGAAAAGUAACCAGAGAAAAUUUGCACCUAGUCUAGUCCUAGCAGGCAACAGUAAAAAAAUAUUUGUUAGCUCAAGCCAGCAAGCCUCAAUGUCAAUUUUUUUUUCAUUGCAAUCGAGCAAAGGCUUAAUUCAAGAAGAAAUUAAAUUUACAAUAGAUCAUUUGUCACGGCCAAAUAAGUUAAAAUAAAUAACUGUUUACAAGAGAGUUCCAUUGCUAACAAUACCAUUUGCCAUUAAAUUCUAAGUAACUCUA